GGUAGCACUAGGCAAGUGCAGAGUGGGCGUUGUGGGAUGACUCUUCAGGUUGAUAUUCAGUUUCCACAAAGAUUUAAGGUGUGGCGAAACAUUCUCCGGUUCAACCUAAAAGCAGAGAAACUUCCUUUUGUCAUCAUGUCUUUAUGGGAUGACUUGGAGUCGCUUGUGAGUGCACCUUCUUCCUUCACAGCAAAGCCUGGGGAGAGGGGAACCAUCAAGCCCAUACCCAACUUUAAUGCAGGAGGCGAUGCUAAGGCUCUGAAGAAGGCCAUGAGAGGACUUGGCACCGAUGAGAAGACUUUGAUUGACAUUUUGACCCAUCGGAGCAGCGCUCAGAGGCAGCUCAUCUGUGAAGCUUAUCAGAAAGACACUGGCAAAGCAUUAGUGAAGGACCUGAAAGGAGAAACCGGCGGUAGCUUUGAGGAGGUGCUGGUGGCGCUCGUCACCCCCCCUGCAGUGUUCGACUGCCAUGAAGUGAUCCAGGCCAUAAAAGGAGCUGGGACUACAGAAAAGGUCUUGAUUGAAAUCUUUGCCUCCAGAUCCAACGAGCAAAUCAAAGCUCUCUCUGAUGCUUAUUUCAACGAAAAAAAGAAAACGUUGAUUCAAGAUCUGAAGGGGGAAGUUUCCGGAGACGUUUCCAAAGUGCUGCUGCUCCUGGCCGAGGGCAAGAGGGCCGCGGACACCACAGUAAACAUGGAGAAGGCAAAAGAAGACGCCAAGACCCUUUACAAUGCUGGGGAGAAGACGUUUGGCACCGAUGAAUCUAAAUUCAUUGAAAUCCUCUGCCAGAGAAGUAUAUCUCAACUGAGGCAAACUCUUGUUGAAUACAAGAACAUCAGCGGAAAGACUCUGCAGCAAAGCAUCGAAAGCGAGAUGUCAGGGAACCUGGAGAAGCUGCUGGUGGCGAUCGUGAAAUGCGUGAAGAGCGUACCGGCCUACUUUGCUGAACAGCUGUACAUGAGUAUGAAGGGUGGUGGAACAGACGAGCAGACUCUGACCCGGAUCAUGGUGAGCCGGUCCGAGAUCGAUCUGAUGGACAUCAGAGCCGAGUUCAAGAAACUCUACAAAUACUCACUGCACUCUGCCAUCAAGUCAGAUCUGUCGGACAGCUAUGGGGAGUGUGUGAACGCCAUCUGUGGAGGAGACGAUUAACGCCUGAGUUCUACCGUACCGUACGCCGGGAAGAAAAUCUGCCUGCUCCUGAACUCACGCUGUCGUUCUCUGAUACUUCCAAUUUACCUUCAACUCCAAACUACUACCUAAUAACGUGUUUUACAGACAGCUUUGAAAGACAGACGUCAUGUGGAAAUCAUGAAAGGACAGGGAAAAGUCUGGACAAGCAUGCAGUUCAUCAAAGAUAGAUUUCUUUUGGAAAUGAAAACAUCGGUUGAAGUUUUAAUAUAAAAUUCUGUUUUGUUUCAGUCUGAUUGCGGAGGGGAUUAUGAAAAGACUCUGCUUCCAAUUUGUGGAGGAGAUGACUAACAUCGACAUGUUGUGGUUUUUUUUAGCAAUUUUCCAUGUAUACAUACUUUAUUGAUGUUAAUUUUCUUCUGCCAGUGAAUUAUUCUUUAAAUAUUGAAGAUGUUUUUAUGACUUUCUGAUUGGGUAAAUAGUUAUAAUUUAGGCUAAAUGCAACAAAUUAACAAAUCCAUCAAUAAAAACAAUCAUUAAAUAAUGACAUGAAUGCUUUAUUCGGUAGAUUUCUCAUUCAUCAAAUGUUUAUUUCAGUUGUUCACAUAAAACAACAUUAAGAGACUAUUUACUGUGUCCCUCAUUUUUGAAUAAUUUAAUAUUUCCUCUAAAGUUUACUACAAAUAGCUACAUACAUUUUUACACAGUCAUAUUAAUUAUAUAAUUUGAUUACUUGCUUGCAUAAUGUAGAAAGUGCACAGCAGGUCCGCUGGACCUUUGAAUUCCAUAAAUAAAACAGUUAAUUAUUAUUUAGGACGGUUUAAAUUUAUGUUGUUCCCUAUAAUUAGUAGAUAGAAGAUAUUACUAUUAUUAUAGUCGAGAGAAGAUAUAACUGUAGUGUGUGGUGUGUACUUAGAAAUCAAGUAAUUCACUCGUUAACACAGUAAUGUGGCUGUUGUAGUCCUGUCAGUAAUAAGACAAAUUACUACAUUUUACCCUGUGUCACUCUUCGUCUUCAUCAUUAUCGUAUUCAGCUUUUUACUUUUUUGUCUGAUUCUUUAAUCUGUGUAACUUCCAAAAGAACAAUAAAAAAA